ACGUUGAGCUCAUCCUCUCGGAGGACAAUCCUUUCAAGAUUAUGAAGGAUGGAAAGCUGGUGGCUUACCCAUGGGACAUGCCUCCUCCUUAUCCAACAAACUCGGCAAUCCUCUCGUCUUCGUCUUCUUCGUCGUUGUCAGAUAUUCUUGCAUUCCUUCCUUUGAAGAAGAGUGAGUCCUUGAAUCUCUAUGAGUCCCUGCGCAGUUACUUUGUCCUCAAAUACUCUGAGAGCGUGGCAAAGAGAGUAGAAGGCCUUCUCCAAAUGCUACACAAAUUGCGCAAUCAGAUGCUGCGUGAUGACCUUUCUCUACCCUUUCGCCGUGACUGCCUCGUCCAUUAUUUCAAAUGCCUUUGCAUGAUUGAGCCUUUCUUCCCUAUGAAUGCAUCACCCAACCCACCUAUCUUUGUUUGGUACAAUGCCAUCAACCCCCAACAGAACUCUUCUCAGCAUAACAUCCAUUUGGAGAAGGCCUCUGUUCUCUUCAACCUGGCAGCCCUCUGUACCCACGUUUCUCUCUCCUGCGAUCAAAGCACCAUCCAAGGCCAUCGCCUUGCCAUGGAUGCCUUAACUGAGGCUUCACAUUGGUUCUCUCUACUGUGGAAGUUUGAGUCUCGCAAGGCAUCUGGCACCAUUGACUUGGCAGAACAAUACAUCCAUAUGAUAACAAAUCAGUUUGGCGGCUUGAAAUUGAAGUUUUGUGAUCUCCAAUCUUAUGAAUCAUCAUUACCUGGACAUGUUGCUUCAGCUUAUAAUCCGUUGACAUCUGAGCUUUUAGGUUAUGAUCCGAGUGAUGUCACUGAACAAUUUUUUUAGGGUAUUGUAAGGCUCACUCCCUGCUUCAAGGGGUAUGUGAAGCACCAUCAUGCUUGGACCUUCUUUCUGAGGUUAGCCCUGUCAAGAUUAAGGAUGGGCAUCUUGUGGCCAAUGCCGCAACCUUAGAGGCACCA